AUGACAAAAUCAACGGUAAAUCAAGAACGAGCCGAGUUUCUGACUUCCUUGGUAUCCCCAGGACAAGCCCUACAUUUCAGGUUUAAUUUUGGAGGGUGGACGCUCCAACUUAAGGAUAAUCAAACCCUGCCUGUCACCUGCCACGAGAUGCUCUUCCUCAUGGACUACAUCCAGGAUCACGGUUCCAAACAAGCCAGAUGCCUCUCCGAGCUGUACAAUCCUUCGGACUCUGAUUCCAAGAGUAUCGCCGCAAGGGAGACUCUCGACGACUCGGGGAUAAAGGAGACAUGCACAGGGGCUGGAAGUGUUGUUUCCUCCAGGGAACGUCGUGACUGA